CCACUUACACGUGAACCGCUUGUUGUCAUUCGUCACUUCCUGCGCGGCAGAKCCUAAACUAGCUAAAAAAGUUAGCAGCUGGUUCGGCUUGUUUUUAUGAGGAUAUUCAGUAGUUUUGACAAUGAUGAUGGUCAUAUAAGCUGAACAAACUGAAUUGCCCGAUAAACCGGAGUGAUAAUAUCUGGCCGUUGCUGACACAUUAGCCUAAUUAGCUGUUGGCUUACCGUCUGUUUACAGCCUGUAAGCUAAACGCGUGGCCCUGUGUUUUCUCCAUGGAUCACCCUUUUACUGGUAAAUGCGUGUUAAGGUGAGCUCGAAUUUGUGUUAAUUUGGAAUCCUUCACCAUGUCCAACCAGCUGACUGCAGAGCAGCAGCAGAAGAUUGAGGAGAACAGACGGAAAGCUUUGGAGCGAAGAGCCCAAAGACUCGGACAGCAGACUUCAACGGGAUUUAAUGGUGCUUCAGUGCAGACAGAUUUCCCGAAGCAGAGCGACAAUCACAGAUAUCCUCCUUUGUCUGUACCACCACGGUUUGUCCCACCUUUUAAAAAAGACUCACAGAUGAGCAGUAAUCAGAUCCACARACCAAACCAWCAGCUGCUACCUGGUACUAGCAAUCAAGUCAACAAAAAUACUCAGAUYAACUCAUUCAGACAGGUCACUGCUCCUYCUCCUCGAACAAAUCAGCACUUGCAAAACCUUGGGUCAUCUGGUGGAGGAAAUGUUGGUGUGAAGCCAGUUCAGGCCAUUUCUGUCACAUCUGGAAGUGCAGUUGGCUCACUUGCCCGCAGCUUUGCGGUGUCUAACCAAGGCCGCCUCCUCCUGGCUGAUGACAUGGGCUUGGGAAAGACGGUGCAGGCCAUCUGCAUAGCGGCCUACUACAGGAACGAGUGGCCCUUGUUGGUGGUGACGCCUUCAUCUGUUCGGUUCACCUGGGCUGAGGCCUUCAGACGCUGGCUCCCCUCCCUGAGUCCUGACAACAUCAACGUGGCGGUAAAGGCCAAAGAAAACAUCAGGUCUGGUUUGGUCAACAUUGUCAGCUACGACCUGCUGAGCAGGAUGGACAAGCAGCACGCRGGUCCUCCUUUCAACAUCCUCAUCAUGGACGAGUCUCACUUCCUGAAGAACAUGAAGACGGCUCGUUGCAAAGCUGCCUUACCUCUGCUGAAGGCGGCGAAGAGAGUGAUCCUUCUGUCUGGGACCCCCGCGAUGUCCAGACCCUGUGAGCUCUACACUCAGAUUCUGGCCGUCAAACCCUCGCUCUUUCCUCGCUUCCAUGAGUUYGGGGUGCGCUACUGUGAUGCCCGACAGCACCAGCAGAAGACCUGGGGCUGGGACUACUCAGGCUCCUCUAAUCUGGGAGAGCUAAGGCUGUUGCUGGAGGAGUGUCUGAUGCUGCGCCGCCUCAAGUCUGACGUCCUGUCCCAGCUCCCGUCCAAGCAGCGCAAGGUGGUCACGGUAACCAUAGAAGGGGUCAGUGGCCGCAUGAAAGCUGCCCUCUCGGYUGCAGCCAAGCAGCUGACCAAAAGUCAUCGCAGUAAAAUGGAGGAGAAGGAGGCUCUGCUCGUCUUCUACAACCACACAGCUGAAGCCAAGCUGCAGGCCAUUAUGGAGUACAUCACAGACAUGCUGGAGUGCGGCAGGGAGAAGUUUCUCGUGUUUGCCCAYCACAAAUUAGUCCUGGAUCACAUCACCACCGAACUGCUUGCAAAGAACGUCAGCUUCAUUCGCAUCGACGGGGCGACUCCGUCAGCAGAGCGGCAGCAGCUGUGUGAAAAGUUUCAGUUUUCAUCCAAGUCCUGCGUGGCCGUGUUGUCCGUCACUGCAGCUAACAUGGGUCUCAACCUGCACUCUGCAGAUCUGGUGAUCUUUGCCGAGCUUUUCUGGAACCCAGGGGUUCUCAUUCAGGCGGAGGACAGGGUUCAUCGUAUUGGACAGACUAGCAAUGUCGACAUUCACUACCUGGUUGCCAAAGGAACUGCUGAUGAUCAUCUGUGGCCACUGAUUCAGGCUAAAAUGAACGUGUUGAAAGAGGUGGGUCUGUCUGAAUCCAACCUUUCGGACAAAGCUGAGAACGAAAGCUUCCACUUAAAGGACCCGAAUCAGAAGAGCAUCAUGGAGAUGUUCCAGAGAUCUUUCUCUGAGGAAGACGACUUUGAUGAGGCCAUCCUAAUGGAGGCUGCAAACGACUGGAAGGACACGCCACCAGAAGCGGCGCCUGCUCCAUCCUKCACUGGCACCAGUUUUAGCAAAGACACCAACAAAAAGACAAMGAAAGACUUCUUCACCAGAUGACUCUGGGAAAACUGCUGUAAAUUAAGAAACUAUGUUUAUUCCUUCACUGGARCCAGACCCAGCUCCUGUUUUAUCAUGAUUCAAGUUCAAUGUUUCAGCUCUUUUGCAGAUUGUAAAAUACACUAGAGUUGAUCUUAUUUUAAAUGWGUGUGUUCUACGAUUAAAGGAAAUGCCUAAAUAAAACCCAAAAGUGUCUAAAAUUGAA